GCCCGCAGGGCGGGCGGGGGUACUCUAGGCGGGCGGUCGGCAGUAACCGUCCGGCUGCCGGCGAGAGUGAUCCCGCCGCCCGCCCUUUGCGUAGCCAUUACGAGACAGUGACAGUGUUAUUGUGUUUAUUAUACUAUAAAACAAAAACCAUCAAUUAAAAACAAAUUGAAGAAUUUAACAGUGAUUACAAGUGUUAAAAAGUAUUCUAAGGAAAUGAAAAGAUGUCCCAAACAUGCUUAAAGCGGACAGGACGAUAACCCCAUCGUUUUCACGUUGUGAACAUUAAAAAAAAAGUGAAUCAGUGUGAGUGUUGUGAGAGUGUCAGGUUGCGAUGAGGCGGGGGGCGGGAGUGCCCCCGCGCCUCUUAUCAGUUGAUAAGGCGUCGUGGCGGCCCGAGGCAAGCGAGGUAUCGGCAAACGUGGUGAAGUCUUCAGGGUGACCAGGCUGCUUGGACCGAAGCGGCCGCCGCCCGCAAUGCUGCAUUCACUAAACGCGCUGGCGGGCAAGAUCUCGCCGGGCGGCGGCCUCGACACAAACGCGAACCGACAUUCGCACCCCAACCGAAACCACAAGGCGUCCUCGCCAUCUGCACCCUACUCUAAGCCCAAUGGGAUGAGCAUGAUCAACAACAACAACAGCACAAGCAUCAACAAUAACAACAAUGAGGACGAGAAAGCGGAUAUGCCCGACCCCGACUACAUUAAGAUGUUCGUGGGGCAGGUGCCGCGCAGCAUGGACGAGAACGACCUGCGCAUGAUGUUCGAGGAGUUCGGGCGCGUGCACCAGAUCAACGUGCUGCGCGACAAGAUCACCGGCGCGAGCAAAGGGUGCUGUUUUGUGACGUUUUUCACCCGCAAAGCGGCGCUGAAAGCGCAAGACGCUUUGCACAAUAUCAAAACGCUGAGCGGGAUGCACCAUCCAAUCCAAAUGAAACCGGCUGACAGUGAAAAUAGAAAUGAACGCAAGCUGUUCGUGGGGAUGCUCAAUAAGAAGCUCUCAGAGAACGACGUGCGAUCGCUGUUCGCGGGGCACGGCGCCAUCGAGGAGUGCACCGUGCUGCGGGACGCGCAGGGCCAGAGCAAGGGCUGCGCGUUCGUCACGUUUGUCUCUAAGCAGGCGGCCAUCGCUGCCAUAAAGACACUGCACCACAGUCAGACUAUGGAGGGUUGUUCGGCCCCGCUGGUUGUGAAAUUCGCCGACACGCAAAAGGAGAAGGAGCAAAAGAAGCUGCAGGCAAUGCAGGCGAGCCUGUGGGGGCUCACGACGCCGGUGACGCCGACGGCGUACCUCGCGUCGGAGGCGGCGCUCUCGCCCGCCACGCAGCUGCAGCUGCUGCAGCAGUUGCAGGCGGUGGGGCUGCAGCAGCAGCUGCUGCAGGGGCAAGGGUCCACGCUGCUGCAAGGUGUUAACUAUCAGGAUAUCGCUUUCAAUGGCGCAGGCUUGAGCGGCGGGACAGUGAGCGGGGUAGGCGGAGUGACGUCCAUGGGCGGCGGGGCAGCCGACCAGCUGGGUGGACUGCUCGCGCCGGUGUCGGUGCAAAACCUGGCGGCGCUGGCGGCCAUGACGCAGCCCGUGGUGACGCAGGCGGCGCCCAUAGCGCCCGCUGCCGCGCCACAACCGGCGGCGCCACAAUUAUGUCUUCUCGGGAAGACUAACAUAACAGGGUCUACAGCGGAGCCACUGAGCUCUGCGUACGCGGCGCAAUUUGGCAGCGCGUUCGCGGCCGCGCCGCUCGGCUCCGUGCUGGGCUCGGCCGCCGCCGCCGCUGCGGGCAAGCAGGUCGAAGGUCCAGAAGGCGGUAACUUGUUCAUAUACCACCUGCCGCAGGAGUUCACCGAUACAGAUCUCGCAUCUACCUUUUUACCCUUCGGGCACGUGAUUUCGGCCAAAGUGUUCAUAGACAAACAGACCAACCUCUCCAAGUGCUUCGGCUUCGUGUCCUAUGACAACGCCGCCUCCGCACAGGCCGCGAUACAAGCCAUGAAUGGCUUCCAAAUAGGUACAAAAAGACUCAAAGUUCAAUUGAAACGUUCCAGGGAACUCUCGAGACCGUACUAAACAUAGACAACUUGUUCCUAGUGUUUGUUUUUAAAAAAAAAACUAAAAACUAUGCAAAGGUUGUAAGUAUUUGAACGUUUGUUGUGAUGUAAACCGGUGCACUUUGAACUGACAGAUAGAUAAGGUUCGUACGAAAACGCGAGUCCAUGUGCACAGUUGUUAACUAAUAAGUAUAAGGUUAAGGUUUGUGUCAAAGGAUUUAUCGUUUCCAAAGUAUUCCCCAAA